AACCGAAAUCAAGAGCUGUCGACGCUCAACUGACUGAGCUACCCAGGUACACAUUCAACUUUUAAAAAGAGGGUCUUGCUGCGUAUAAUCUUUUGGGACUUAAAGUUUUCCCUUAAUAUAUGGUUAUCUUCUGGGUCACUGAAGGUCAUUCUUUUUGAAUGGCGUAUACUGUUAAUGCAACACUAGAGUUUAUUUAUCCAGUAUCCUGUUGAUAGUUAUUUAAAUUGUUUUGUUUUCAGGUUCUUGUGAACUACAUACCUAUAAAUAAAAACCACCCAGGUAGUUUUUUUAGAAAAAUCAAAAUGAAGUCUGCUAAUAAAAACAAAAACUAUGAAAUAUUAAAAUAAACAGGAGUGUUUAAAGUAGAAAGUAUGAAUCCCCCUGUCAUCAUAUCCUCAGAGUUAACCAGUGUUACCAUUGGGCUAUCUCUCUCCUGACUGUGUUCUUUUAAAUCUAUAUCUGCAUAUGCAUAUAAUAUAUGUAUGCUAUGCACAUUUUAAUUUUUUAAACAAAAAUGGGAUCUUAACUUGCUAUCUUUCAUAAUGGUAUAUCAUGGGUAUUACUAGCUGUCAAUAUGUAUAACUCACUUCAUCCUUUUUACUUAUUUAUGUAUUUAUUUUUUGUUAAGUAAACUCUGUCCCCACUGUAGGGAUCAGGAUCAUGACCCUGGGAUCAAGAGUCGCAUGCUCUACUAAGCCUGACAGAUGCCCUGCUUUCGUCCUUAUUCGUUAACCUCUCGGGGGCUGAUUUCUGAGGAAGAGUAUGAGACUCUGGAGAAUGUUACAGAUCCCCUGAAGAAAAGUCGAAAGCUGUUAAUUUUGGUACAGAAAAGGGGAGAGGUGAGCUGUCAGCAUUUUCUCAAGUGUUUACUUAGUACUUUUCCAGAGUCAGCUACUGUUGGUGGCUUACAAAACGAAUUUUUAAAACAUAAGAAUAUAGAACCUCUUCAAGCUAUCGGGAUAAGCAAGAAUUCAGAAGAUGUUUUUUCCUCUGGAGAGAAACAGCCCGAGAAUCCUGAAAUCACAGUGUCCUUCAAAGAGAAAGAACACCUGGAUAUGGGAAUUUCUGAGUGCUUCAGGGACACGAAAACUACUUAUAAGGAAGCUGCUUGGUCCUCAAGGGAAAAUGAGGAGGAAUACAACACACCAAAAGGCAUAUUGCCACAUUUAGUUGAGAACGUUAAAUAUGAAAUUCCAGCAACCAUUGAGUAUUUACAGGAUGGACAGAGAUACGAGGAGCCAGAUGAUUCUUUGUACUUAGGAAAAGAGGAAUAUUUUGAAUCUGUUGGACACUCUGAAGAUGGAGAAACCUCUGUGGAAGAAGAGGAUUAUAAUGACUCAGAGCACGGUGUUUAUGAUGGCGAAGAGGGCGCUGCAUAUUCAGAGACCACACAGUUCUCUGAUGAAGAACAGAGUUAUGAGGAUUCCGAAACUGGCAUGUCAUUCGCAGCGGAGGAGGAGAAAAGGAUGGAAGAAAGAAAAAAGGUAUUUAAAGAUGUCCUGUCAUGUUUGAACAUGGAUAGGAGCAGAAAGCUUCUGCCAGAUGUUGUUAAACAAUUCUCCUUAGAUCGAGGAUGUAUGUGGACACCUGAGACUCCAGGAGACUUAGCCUGGAAUUUCCUGAUGAAAGUUCAAGCGCUGGAUGUCACGGCCAGAGAUACAAUCCUCAGACACAAGGUUCUGGGUGAGGGUAACAAAGAGGAACUGCUGACUGGAGUAGAGAAUUUGGAAAUUAGAGACAUACAAACCAUUAAUCCCUUUGAUGUUCUUUGUGCAUCUAUGCUCUGUUCAGACAGCUCGUUGCAACGCGAGGUCAUGUCAAACAUGUAUCAGUGCCGGUUUGCUCUUCCCCUGCUCCUGCCAGAUGCAGAAAACAACAAAAGCAUCUUAAUGCUGGGGGCCAUGAAGGGCAUUGUGAAGAAGUGGUCAGCACAAUCUUCAGGAGGGCCUACAGGGGAUACAGAAAAGUGCCUGACUCUCAUGAAGAUGCCUGUCAUCUCUUUUGUGCGCCUAGGAUACUGUAGCUUCUCCAAGUCCAGAAUUCUCAACACACUGCUUGUCUCUGACCAACUAAAAUCACACAAAAUCUUUCUCCAUCAGGAUUUUACUGGCCCGGUGUUUCCCCGGCAGAUCUCUGACGGCCUGGUAGAGAUAAUGUGGCAUUUUCCUGAUAGCGAUGGUCUAAUGGAAAAUCCUAGUGUUUUCCAAAAGCCUGUUGCUCUGGCCAACCUUCGUGGAGAUCUAGAAAGUUUUUGGACACAGUUUGGUUUCUUGGUGGAAGUUUCCUCAGCUGUGUUUUUUUUCACUGACUACCUAGGUGAGAAGGAGUGGGACUUGCUAAUGUUUUUAGGAGAAGCUGCCACCGAGAGAUUCUACUUUGUCCUCAGUCCCCAGGCCCAGGAGAGUGAAGAGACACAGCUUUUCCAGACGACUCUGAAGUUGAAGCCAUCACAGCUACUGUUUUGGAAGGGGGAGGCACCUGGGGAGAGAGGGAAGAAUAUUGAGGGUCUUCAAGCUGCUCUCCAGGAAGUGAUGUCCUCUUCACUCAGAUGUGUGUCUGUGGAGGACAUGGGCUCCCUGGCCAGGGAGUUGGGAAUCCAGGUAGACCAAGACUUUGAGAAUGUUCAGGGGAUUCAAACUCCCCCUAGUGAAAAUUUGUCUGGAACAGCUAAAGAUGAGAGACAACAAAGACCCAGUCAGUCAGAAAGCUCAUGUGAAAGCCCAGCUGUGAUGCCUGGAGAAUCUGGGGCUAGCCAGAAUCUCCAGAAUUUCUGCCUCCUCCCAGGAUUCGUGCCUCGUCUGGAAAACUGUCCUUUACCAACCAGAAUUGGAGGGAACUUUAGCCACGUUUCUUUGAAAGCCCCCUGGGUUACGGGCUCCCACUUUUGGUCAGAGCAGAGGUCUAAGUGGUUCCGUCCCUGGCCCUUUCAGAAAACAAGGGCCUAUGGUCGAGGUAAAAGUUUUGGGUUUCGGUACUUCCAGCCCCAGAGAUUUUAUUCACCUGAAAGAUUCACGAAAUUUUCAAGAACUGCUUUGGGACAUCCUAUGACUAAAACAAUUGGAGGACUACCAAGACCUGUGUCUCAGCAUGUACACGCCUGGUCCAGGAGACCACAGACAACAGGAGCUCUUGAAAGGUCUGGGGUAGUGGUCUCCCAGGUAGGUCACUCCCACUCCCUGGGUCUGCAGCCAGCAGAAGCAGCUGGGAAGCCACAGCUUAAGCAAGGCUACACCCAUAGAACACAGCCACCAAGGGCACCUGGGAAACCUAUGAAAACAACAUCCCAUAUUGAAGGUUUUUACCCUCAGGCCUUUCAACCAGCAGGAGCCACAAAAAAACCUUUAAGGCCUGCCUCUCAUCAAGGAGCCAAACUGAAGACACAGGAUGGGCCUUUAAAUCCAGCCUUCCAAAGGUCCAGUAGCAAAUGUUUACCCAGCUCUCAGUUCAAACCCAGUCAGCCCAAGCCAUCCCAGGUCAAACACUCUCAACCUGUGCCCUCUCAACCCAAACCCACUCAAACAAAACCCACUGAGUGCCACCCCUCCCACGCUAAACCUUGUCCACCCAAACCCACUCAGCCCAAACCAUGCCCAUCCCAGUCCUCCCAGUGUAAACCUUCUCAGCCCAGGGCCACUCAACCCAAGUCAUCUAAGACUAGUCCUGCACAGGCUAAGGCAUACCAUGCAAGAGCAGGGCCCAAGAAGGCUGGGAAACAUUAAAGUGCUUACUCUAGAGACCUAUGAAACAUAUCCUUAACCCAGACCAUUGCUAUCAUGUGGUAACCUAAAGAAGAGUGGUAGUCAUGGUAAGAGACCACUAUUAUUAGCAUGACACAGAAAAAGAAAAGAUAUACACAACCUAAACGGUAUCAUUAAAACAUUUGUAAGAAUGAUUUUUUCCAACAGGAAAAAUAUGAAACAAUUAAGAGUAGAAUCGAGGAGUAAAUAAAUGAACUAAAUCCAACCUUGAGUAUUAGGUGAUAUAUAACCUGAAUCCGAGGAAUGGGGCUGUUGAGACCACCCCUUAAAAUAAGGCUCAGGCUGCCUGAUUGUUGCAACAAAAAUUGCUCUAAAUGCUGGCUGCUCCAGAGGUGUCUUGGUCAAAAGUUUGUGGUCAAUAUCAGCCACUAAGCAGAUAACCUUGUUUGUUUGGGGGAUGUUUAAAUCAACUUACUUGUGAUAAUAGUUCCAAUUUGCUUGGAUAAUAUAACUCUCUCAUUUGACCCUUACAUAUAGAAAUAAUGAACUAACAACCAAUGAUAUAAAUUAUUUUGCAUUAACUUGGGUAUGAUUUGACUAUGUUUUAUACUUAAAAUGUUUGUAAUAGUUAAGAUAAUUUGGCUUAUUAGAGGAUCUUAUACAUUGUCCUCAAGAUUCCAACUUAAAAUGUAUACUUGAGUUUUUAAUUUUAGAGUUGUGACUUUUUAAGUUGAAAAGAUUAAGAUAGGUUUACAAAGCUUGUAAAAAGCAUUGCAAUGUUUAACAGAACUUAAGAUUUACAAAAUUUACAAUUUUAAUUCAUUGGAUUCAUUAUUAUCCUAAACAUACAGGUAAGUUCUGCUAAUUAGAAGGAUAAGUAAAAGGAAUGUAUUAAAUUUAGAAUAUUUAAGCAAAGUUUAAUUGUAAAUGACAUCAAAUAUUAUUAAAAGGUCACUUUAAAGAUUCAUGUUAAAAUUCACUAGAUGUAGAAAUGAAAUAAUAAGAUUUGUAAAUUGGAUUAAGACCUCUGGUUUUUGGAUUUUGAUUUUUAAAAAAUUAAUACUAAUUUUUAAGUACUAAAAUAACCCUGCUUGUCUUUCCUGGGUUUUUUUUUUUUUUCUUUUUUGCCUUCAAGGACACCAAGGGAAAAAAAUCAUAUUGAUGCAUAGUUAAGAAAUGAUCUUUAAAAAGGAAUAACUAAUCUCUGAGAACAUUCUCAUACUAUAAUAGGUAUCCUUCAUUUGUGCCUGUUUUAAGCAAUUAAUAUUGAGUAUUUAGAGGGUGCUAAAUCUCUAAAGGUUAUUGAAAGGAUGAAGAAAGAAGGGACUAUGCAUGUAGAUUUUUCUAUUUGUCUUUUCAAGAGAAAAAGCAUAACUAUCAUGACUACAAAAUCUUUGAUGUUAAAGUGGAGCUUCUCAAUGAAAAUAAUCUUUUUGUUGUUUAAACUUUUGAAAUGAGCAAUAUUAGUGAUGUUUUAAAAACGUUUUUCUGAACAUUUCUUCAAGAUUAGUUAUUGGAGGAGAGAACUUGUUGGGCUCUUUGUCACCAACAGAUUGUGUCAGUUUGGGUCAUGACCAUACAUAUGUGGUUCAUUCAAAUCGGACACCUUUAGGAGAGUUUAAUAAUCGGACUAUUUAUAAAGGGCUGGACAAGAGGUUUAAACAGUGUAAAAGAGAGGGCAGCACACUGGAUGUGAGUGUGAGGCACAUUGUCACCCCAAGAUCUGAAGGGAGAGAGGGGGUCAGUGCUUUCUCCAGUCAGAAGAGCUGUGUAGGAAGGGUCUUGGGUCUGGCUGGUUGAGGGGGACAGCAGGCUACAGUGACCCACAGGGAGUGAUUCCAGGGAAUAAAUACUCCACACCCGAUCUGAUGGUGCAUCCCCUUGGCCAAAGCCAACCAGAAACCGGGAAACAAGGAACCCACUUAGCCAGUUCAUGUUGAUCAGUUCUUAGGGUUCAGAGCAAGGUGGAGAGUGAACCUGGAGGGGCAAACAGAUGGCACUUAACAGAUUUCUCCCUUUCCAUUUCAUUCUUCCUUCCUUUUCUCUUUUCUCCCUUCUUCCUUCUCUUGCACUUAUUUAUUGAGCAUAUAUUAUGUGUAAGGCAUUGGAGCAGGAACUGAGGAGACGUGGAAAGAGAAUGAGAAAUCCUCCUAUAGUUGUGAGACCCUAUAAGUCUGUUUCCUCUUUAUUAUAAAACUAUAAGCUCAUUGGGGUGCCUGGGUGGCUCAGUCAGUUGAGCGUCCGACUCCUGAUUU